GAAGAUCAGCAGCUCAUGAGCAUUCAGCUCCGAUGAGCAUUCAACUCUGCAGAUUGAAUUAGUUAGUCUCCUUCCUGCUUUGCUUACUUUGGUGGAGUCAGAUUCUAAAAGAUGGCGGAGGAGAGGACGGACUGCAUCUGCAUCGCCGUUAUUAAGCGGAUAUGGACUCUAGUGAAGCGUCCGUUCAUUUCCAUGGUCAAAAGUUCCCAGGAUAAUCAAGUUAUUGCUGUCAUGGAUGCCUCAGCAUCUCUCUCUUCAGCGGCCAGCAGCUCAUCGUCCGAAAUGAGAGCCAGCUGUGUUGCCGCCGGACCGGUUACUUCUUCAUCCGCAGCCGUUGAGCGGAAGUAUGAUGUGUAUUUGAGUUUUGGGGGUCCUGACACUCGCAAGGGUGUGAUAUUUGAAAUAUACGAUCAACUGCAGACGAGGGGAAUCAAAACAUUCAUGGAUGACCGAGAAUUUGAAGUAGGCGAUCCUGUUUCUCCCACUCUUAUAGAAGCAAUAAGAGAAUCAAGGUUUGCAGUAGUUGUUUUCUCGCGAGACUACGCUUCUUCUACUUGGUGUUUGGAGGAACUUACAGCAAUCUGUGAGUGUAUGAAAGACGAGAACAGAAUCCUCCCGCUUCUUUAUCACGUACAGCCCUCUGAUGUGCGUCUUGGAAAGAGGAGAUUCAAUGCAGCUUUCUCUGUGCUUGAAACCUCCAGUGGAUCGGAGAAGAUGCAGCGGUGGAGUGAAGCUUUAGAAAAGGUGGCCAAUUUCGUUCGCUGGAAUACGCAGGAUUAUAAGACUCACAAACAACUUGUUGAAGCCAUUGUGGAAUUUCUCCACAGUAAAGUACUACCUGAUGCAAUGGGGUCCAAAGAGGAUUUUGAAGGAUAUGAAGAACCAAUACAAGCCAUGGAUGAGGAAAUGAAGGAGCUAACAAUUGAAUCUUCAGCUUCUCAGUGGAAGCAUGAUGUGUUUUUGAGUUUCAGGGGUCCUGAUGCUCGCAAGGGCAUUGCCUCCUAUUUAUUCUAUGAAUUGCAACGCAGAGGAAUUAGAACAUUCAUGGAUGAGGAAGGGCUUAAAGCAGGGAACCAUAUUUCUUCAAAUCUCCUAACCGCAAUCAAAGAAUCAAGGUCUGCAAUUGUUAUUCUGUCACCAAAAUAUGCUUCUUCUGCGUGGUGUUUGGAUGAACUUGCCAACAUCGUUCAAGGCUGGGAAAACAGGAAAACAUUAAUUUUCCCAGUUUUUUAUAAUGUGGAACCCCAUGAUGUCCGACAUCAAAUUGGGAGUUUUGAAGAACUCUUCACCGGACAUGGUAAACAAAGGCAUGGAAAGAAGGUGCUGAAUCAGUGGAAAGCUGCUUUAACAACAGUGGCCAAUCUCACUGGCUUUGAAUCAAAAAUAUAUAGGUCUGACAGACACCUUGUCGAAGAAAUUGUGCAAUAUGUCUUCAGUCAAGUACGAAAUCUGGAAAUUGAGUCUCCAGGUUCAAAAUUUAAAGCAACAAAAAAGGCCCUGGGUAAGGUAGUGGAGGCGCUUAUAGAAGAUGAGAUCGCUGCCAGCAGUGUUAUCGGAGGCAUCAUCAGUAAUGAAACACUCGCUUUUAUCAGUCAGGGGAAACUCCCUCAUACCAACAAGUUUUUGCUCGCUAAUGUUCAUGUUGCCACGUGUUCAUUGUGGAAUGAAAUGCAGGUGUACGAGGUCAUGAAUAUAUGUUGGAUCUCAGUAUGA